AUGGACUGCACCUUUCCCUUCAGCUCUGCCACACAACGCUUGCUGCAGCUGGAUGAGGAGCAGUUGGAUCAGUGGAAGCACUCUCGGCGUAUCAGGCCCCAGCACCACCACAGCGAGCGCAGCCUGAGCCCGGUUGGCCGGGGAUGCCAGAGCAGCCGCCUGGAGCCACUGGAGUGCCGGGAUCUGCUGGUCCAGAAUGCGCUCUUCACUGGGGACCUGGAGAUGGUGCAGAAGUACUUCACCAAGAGUGCAGCCAUCAAUCUCAUCAUUGAGACCAAGGGUGAUGAGCUGCGCUGGACUAGCAGGAAAUUUGGACUGUGGUCUCUGAGCUAUGAGCAGGAGCUCACCACGCCGCUGCACAUCACAGCCAGCCGGGGCUACACAGACUGCCUGCACCUCCUGCUGCUCAGGGGUGCUGCCGUCAACUUUGCACCAGGCGGUAAGACUGCACUGCACGAGGCUUGUGCAGCAGCCAGUACAGACUGCGUGCACCUGCUGCUCAACUUUGGUGCUGACCCUGAGGCUGUCUCUGAGGAUGGCUACAAGCCCCUGCAUCUCUGCAAGAGCCCACACUCCAUUGAGUGUGUCCAGCAGCUGCUGCAGCAUGGCGCCAGUGUGAACAGUCGGACAGAGGAAGAAGAUGACACAGCACUGCAUGUAGCAGCACGGCAUGGCCUCACAGACCACGUCCAGCUGCUUCUGCGCUAUGGGGCAGAGCUGGAGGCAAAGAAUGAGGAGGGGCAGACGCCACUGAAUGCUGCCUGUGCUCAGCCCCAUCAACCCCAGGACAUGGACCGCUACUACCGGGUCUGCCAGCUGCUGGUGGAGAGUGGUGCUAGCAUCAAUGCUGCAGAUAGGGACCGCCAGCACCCACUUCACCUGGCCUGCAAGAAUGCCAAUGCUCAAGUAGCAGAGUUACUGCUGGCCCGGGGUGCAAAUGUCAACAUCAUGAACUACAGCGGCAACACGGCACUGCACAAUAUCCUGCAAGCAACUGCCUACAAGCUAGAGCACCACCCAGAGCUUGUGGUGCAAGCCCUGCUCAACUACGGUGCCAUCCGCAUCUGGCCUGGCUCACUCCUCAAGGUGCUGCAGUACUGCCAUACCUGCCCGCGUGUCAUCGAGGCCCUGAUGAACAGCUAUGAUCAUGUGCGCAUCUCCGAGGACUGGGUGGAAGUGGUUCCAGCAGAGGUUGUACAGAAAUACCCACGUUUCUACCAGUCACUUUUCUCCCUGGAGCAAAGACCUCGCUCUUUGCAGCACCUGGCUCGCUGCACACUCAGGACCUUCCUGGAGGGCCGUUUGCUUCCGGUCCUGUCUCAGCUGCACCUGCCAAGUGCCUUGCACCGUUACCUGCUGCUCAGCUUCGAGGACGUUCUUUACUAA